CCAUUAUAUAUCUAAUAAAUAUGCGUUUAUUUAGAUCCUGAGAGGAAGUUGCGGAGAUCGGGAGAUGUGUACUAUCCUUUGACAAAAUCCACUUAUAUAAUGCCUACUUGCCUGGCGUAUCUUCUUUUUGUCGUUUUGAUUCCUCACAGUUCUCGGGUGGAAAAUAACAAACUAAAAUUCUUAAGCUUUACGAACGGGGGACGAUCUGAUCUCAAACCCUUACACCCUCUAUCUUCCAUAUUCUCAUUGUAAAACACUACAAAAUUCUCCCGAAAACUAAGAAAGGAACCCUCAAUCGUGUUAUGAAUCCCAAGCAAACACCACCGGAGCCCAAUCGCCAGGCCGCGCCGCCUCCGGCGGCGGCGGUGGCGGCCGCGCAGGCGAUCCAGCCGUCCUCCCCCCGCUUCUUCUUCUCGGCCGCGGCGGCAGCGGCGAGCCCGGGUUCCCACCGCCGGAUCGCGAUCGCCGUCGAUCUGAGCGAUGAGAGCGCCUACGCCGUGCGGUGGGCGGUCCAGAACUACCUCCGCCCUGGCGACGCCGUGAUCCUCCUCCACGUCCGCCCCACCAGUGUCCUCUACGGCGCCGACUGGGGCUCGAUUGACCUCUCGGUCUCCGCCGCCACGGCGGCCGCCGCUGAGGAGCCCGAUUCCGAGGAGUCGCAGCAGAAGCUGGAGGAUGAUUUCGACACCUUCACGACCACCAAGGCCCAGGAUCUGGCGCAGCCCCUCGUGGAGGCUCAGAUCCCUUUCAAGAUCCACAUCGUCAACGACCACGACAUGAAGGAGAGGCUCUGUCUCGAGGUGGAGAGGCUCGGCCUCAGCGCCGUCAUCAUGGGGAGCAGGGGGUUCGGGGCCUCGAAGAGAAGCAGCAAGAGCCGGCUUGGAAGUGUCAGUGACUACUGUGUCCACCACUGUGUGUGCCCUGUAGUGGUGGUACGUUACCCCGAUGAUGGGAUCGGUGCCAGAUCGGGGGCCAGGAGAUCAUCAGUGGAUGGUGGUGAUGGGGCGGUGGGGAAGGGUUUGGAGCUGCAGCCAGUGCCAGAAGAAGAGCAUGAGCGCCCUGAUGCCACUGAAGGAAAGAAAGAGAUGACAUCAGAGGGCACACCCACUAAUGCAGCUGCUGAGAUGCUAUCUUUCAUUGUAUAUGCAGAGAUGACAUCAGAGGGCAUGGAGGAGAUUUUAGACGUUCACGAGAUUAGGAUAUGUCGGGGUACACAUCAUCAAUAUUUGGUACAUUGGCAAGGGCGUCCAGUGAUUGAUAGCAGUUGGAUUUCGGAGAUAGAGUUGCACCGGCUUGAAGAGGAUCUAUACCAAAGCUAUUAAGAGGCUAUCUCGAUGGGUCGAGAUUUCUUCCAUUUGGAGAGAACUGAUGCAACGCAUCAGAUGUUUGAGGAGUAUGUAGCCUGUGACGUGGUCCUUACUAUUCCAGGUGAAAAAUGGGCCAUCCUCAGCAAAGGUAAAAUCAGGCAGCCACCUUCGCAGUAGGAAGCUGGUUGAAUCUUCUUAUAGCGGGGAUUCACUUUUUUGUAAUGGAACAGUGUUACCGAUUGCUCUCUCUUGCUUGUUCCUCAACUUCCGUAAACUGAGUUGAUUGUUGGGCAUAUUGUAUCCUUUGUGUUUCUUAGAUUCCAACAACUUGUCUCAAGGAUUUCCGUGCUUCUUUAUGGAGUAAUUUAUGCUGCUGCAGUUGUUCUAUCCAUCUAA